AUGAAAGUGAUUGUGUUUUAUUUGCUGCUGGUGGUGUCCGUCCUUGCUGAUGAAGAGGGUAUGUGCGACGCUCUCCCCCAGCUGACGGAUGUGGACGCCACAGAGGCCUUCAUCAACUCGGACGAUGUCGCCGUGAUCGGCUUCUUUGAGGGGGAGGAGAGCUACGGCUACAAGGAGUUUGUGGCGGCAGCUAGGGAGGUGAAGCCCAUCCUGGUGGGCCUGUGCAGCAACAAGGACGUCUGGGAAAACUACAGCGUCACAUCGGACACCAUCGCCAUCUUCAGAAAGGCAGACGACGCUCAGGAGAGUUUGCGUCUUUCUGAUGCCAAGAAAGUGGAUUCCGAUGGCUUAGUACGCUUCAUGAAAAUGAACGACGUUCGCUACCUCACAGAGUACAACCAAGUGACUGCUGUCGGGUUGUUCCAGUCGCGUGUGAAGACGCACGUGCUGCUGUUUGCCAACAGGGGGAGUGCCGACUACUCCAAGCUCCAGAAGAGGGUGGAGGCCGUGGCCCCGGAGUUCAGUGGAAAGUUCCUGUUUGUCCUGGUGAACGGCGCGGUGAAAGGAAAUGCCAAGUCCCUGGGCUACUUUGGCCUGACGCCUCGUGACCUGCCCCGCGUGGGGCUCUACGACAGCGACCUGGACAAGAAGUGGCUGAUGGGAAAAGGAGACGUCACUAAAGACAGUGUGCGGCUCUUCUGCCAGUCCUUCUUGGAUGGAGAACUCCAGAAAACACCUCAAGCCGGGGAACCCGAAGGCAAAACAGAACUCUGA